AUGUGGAAAUCGUUGUUUGGUAUUUUGAUAACUAGUGAUGAUGAUGACAAAAACGAAUUUCCUAAGAUAUCAAACACAAAUGUUCAUGACCUCUUUUAUUGGAGAACUCACUCUAAUGAAUUGUUAAAAGCUCCCCGGGCUGAUAACAAUUAUGAGAACAUUACAACUGACCAUAUGAAACAUCUCCCUUACAUAUUGAAUUUGGUUGUAUCUCAUAUCUUACGUCCAAAGAAUAAUGGACAUUCAAGGGUUGACCAAAUGGAGUUCCACACUAUUUACAUACUUCUUCAUAAAAUUAAGAUCAAUUGGAAAAAUUACUUUGUCACUCGUAUGUUCGCCAUAAAGAAAGUUAACAAAGGCUCUUUCUUCUACUAUGCUUACAUGAUUGCCAAGAUUCCCAAAUCCUUCAACAUUGAAGUUCCAACUCUUCUUUUCAUCUAUCCGGGAACAUCUCAACAAUUCAAUUAA